AUGUCGUGGAAGAUGAGCGAGAAGCUCAUGGACACCAUCCGGCACUAUGCAAGCUUUCCUGCUACCGGCGUCAGCUUGCGCCAGAUGGUCCAGUUCGGCGAGAAGCCUUCGACUGGAACCCUAUUCCGCGCCUCCCAGUUCCUUGCUGAAGAGCUCCCCAUCCGUCUCGCCCACAGAGUUCAGGAACUCGACAACCUUCCAGAUGGCCUUAACGAGAUGCCUUCGGUCAAGAAGGUCCAGGCCUGGUACGCCCAGUCGUUCGAGGAAAUCACACAACUGCCACGGCCACACCUACCGAGAGAUGUCAGGGAGCGGUUGAUGAGGCCGACGAGAAGCGGAAAACACGCCUAUCUACCAGAGGCGACACCAAACCCAAGCAUAGAGGAAGGUCAAUACACCUCACACAACGGAGGAAACUACGCAAGUGGACUUAACCACAAAAAGUUCUCGGCUUCAAGGAGAUACUUCGCUAUGGUCGAUGACACAGGGGACUGGCCUCCCGACCUACACCUUUACAACCAGAAAUUUGCGCAGACUCUGCAUAAGAUCAAGAGGCGGCACGACAGUGUCGUCACCACCAUGGCCCAGGGCAUCCUUGAAUAUAAGCGCAAAAGGCAACGCAUGCAGAUCGACCACAACAUCCAGUCUUUCCUCGACCGUUUUUACAUGUCGCGCAUAGGAAUAAGAAUGCUCAUCGGGCAGCACAUCGCCCUGACGGACCAGAACCACUAUCGCGAUCCCUCAUAUGUCGGUAUUAUCUGCACCAAAACCUAUGUCAAGGACCUCGCCCAGGAGGCCAUCGAGAACGCCCGAUUCGUCUGCGAGGAUCAUUACGGUCUCUUUGAGGCUCCCAAGAUCCAGCUGGUCUGCAACCCUAACCUCAACUUCAUGUAUGUGCCAGGGCAUCUGUCGCACAUGCUCUUCGAGACGCUCAAGAACUCGCUGCGCGCCGUCGUCGAGACCCACGGCCAGGACAAGCAGGAAUUCCCCGUCACCAAGGUCAUUGUUGCUGAGGGCAAGGAAGACAUCACCAUCAAGAUCUCGGAUGAGGGAGGCGGUAUCCCCCGUAGCGCUAUCCCGCUUGUCUGGACCUACAUGUACACCACCGUCGAUCGCACACCGAACCUGGACCCCGACUUCGACAAGAGCGACUUCAAGGCCCCCAUGGCCGGUUUCGGCUACGGACUUCCCAUUUCGCGCUUGUAUGCGAGAUACUUUGGUGGCGACCUUAAGUUGAUCAGCAUGGAAGGAUACGGAACCGAUGUCUACCUGCACCUCAACAGGUUGUCAAGAUUGACGCUGCCAUCGUCACUGAGAUACAUGAAAAAACGGCUUAAGGACCUCGAGGUCUCGGAGCGCAAGCAGGUUGGCGACACCGAAGCCACAGUCCACCCUCCUCCAUCUCAGCAGCCCGUGCCUUCGUCGGCCUUCUCCUCGGGAACCGGAGUAAGAACCAAAGACAGUGCUCUUUAG